CUCCCUGUUUUUUGCAGGGCCUCCCUCCUCUCUAUUUCUUUUUUUGUUCCUUUCUCCUCUUUUUUCCAUGGAUCAGACCCGUACAAUGGCCUAGAAUUAUCAAGGCCUUGGACAGACUUUUGCAAUUUUAGAGUUGAAAAAACUCUAUUUCCAACAAAAGCCAAGUAUCAUCUUCCUCUCUGAAACAAAGCGCACAGUGGCGGAGAUGAAUUCGAUCCACUCAGAUCUAGGGUUUGGUCAGUGCUUUGCUAUUGAUUGUGUAGGGAGGGGGAGCGGCCUGGCUCUGCUCUGGAUAGACGAUUUUACCUUGUCUAUUUCCUCUUUUUCCCAAUCUCAUAUAGAUGUUGAAAUUUUCAAUAUGGGUGGAGGUCAAUGGGGACUCACAGGGUUCUAUGGACGUCCGGAGGCCGCCCGAAGAAAGGAAUCAUGGACCCUGUUAAAAUCCCUCAAGGCUGCCUCUUCUCGACCAGGUGGGGAUCAAUGGCAACUCACAGGGUUCUAUCUAGGAUUUGCACUCGGGUUUGCCGUUGAUUGGGUCAACAUGAGGGGUGGAUUGGCUUUGAUUUGGACAAAUGUUUUUCGGCUGCACCAAUCCCCUGUUUUACAAUCCCCUAUAGCUAUUGCAAUUGUUGAUCCAGGUGGUUGUCAAUGGAGGUUGAUUGGGUUUUCUGGUCAAAAGCAAAGGAAAGGAUUGUUGUUGGUGAAGUCGGUAGUGUUCUACAAGGGGAGAAUGCCACUCCAAUCGCAAAAGGGGCUCUUGUUCCCUUAUUGAAUUUUGGCAACAAGGGCUUGCAGAGGAUUGGAAUAGUUAGGGUCAUGGUUGGGAGCCAAUGGCGAUGAGGGAGGUGCCUGGGUUUGUAUGGAGGACCAUGCCCCUCCUGUUGAUUUUUCCUCAAGAAUAGAUAAGGCGGAAACUU